GACCAACUGGGAUGUAUCACAUAGCUUUCAGUGCACUCUCGCAUAAGAUUUUGUGUCUUUUGUAAAUAUUCAGUUUUAACGAAAAGACAUAUGGUAAAUUAUAGUGUAUGUUUCGCACAAUACAGGGUUAUAUUGUGAAGUUUAAAGAAAAACGAGUCUAAUUCUGUGCACUAGCCUGAAUCAGUCGUAUCCUUUCAUUCUGCGACGCUCAAAACAAACCCAUUAACCCUUUUAACGUUACCGUUUUUUAAUCCGUUUAUGAGGUUUGAUAACAUCGCCAACAUUACAUUACUAGAUCCCGUGUUUACAAAGCAGCACUUGGCGAUGGAGGGUGUUUGUAACGCAGAAGAGUCAGAUGUGAUGUCUCAGACGUGUGUGCUGUCUGAGUUCAGUGAAUGCGCAGAAGUGCGAGCUGUCAUCAGCAGUCUACCCGACAUCCAUCACGACCUGGUCUGCAGGGAGAACACCUUUGAGAAAUUCGUGGUAACGAUGGACCGCUACCAGGAACAACCACAUCUACUGGACCGUCACUUAGAGUGGAUGCUGAACAUGCUCUUGGAGAUUAUCCGCAGUGAGAAGUCGCCACCUCUUCUGGUCCAUCUCUGUUUUAAAUUUCUCUACGUCAUCUCAAAGGUCAGAGGCUACAAGGUGUUCAUGCAGCUUUUCCCCCACGAGGUGUCGGACGUUCAGCCUGUUCUGGACCUCUUAUGCAGACAGGACCCAAAAGACACUGAGACCUGGGAAACACGCUACAUACUCCUCCUGUGGCUCUCCAUGACAUGCCUCAUUCCUUUUGACCUGUCCCGCCUGGAUGGCCACUUGUCCACUGACCCCGAGGUCAAAAGAGAGCCUGUCAUGGAUCGUAUCCUAUCUGUUGCCAAGUCAUUUCUAGGAGUCAGUGACAAAUCUCGAGAUGCUGCAUCUGUAUUGGUGUCAAAGUUUGUGACCCGCCCAGAUGUGAAGCAGAAGCAUUUGGGAAAUUUUCUGGACUGGUGUCUGACCACAAUCUCUCAGACCAGUGAGGUGACCAUGGAGGGAACUGUGGCCCUCGAUGGAGCAUUACAGUCACUGGCCCAGCUCUUCAAGCAUGGAAAACGUGAUGACUUCCUGCAGUAUGCCCCUACAGUUCUUCAGUGCCUGAAUCAGAAGAGAAUAACUGACAGUAACCAGGCCACAUUACGGAAACUGGGAGUAAAAGUUGUCCAGAGACUAGGCCUGACCUCUCUAAAACCACGUUUGGCUAAAUGGAGAUACCAGAGAGGAUGUCGGUCACUCGCAAUGAACCUGGCUCAGUCUGCCAUCACAGAAAGUGUAGAGGCUACAAAACCUGAUCUGUCAUUUGUCAGUCAAGAGGAAGACUAUGAUAUACCUGAGGACGUUGAGAAUGUCAUUGAACAGCUGUUGGUUGGACUGAAAGACAAAGAGACAAUAGUGCGAUGGUCCUCUGCCAAGGGGAUCGGAAGAGUGACCGGUAGGCUACCCAAAGAGCUCGCAGAUGAUGUGGUUGGAUCUGUUUUAGAGUGCUUCAGUUUCCAGGAAACAGAUAAUGCCUGGCAUGGAGGCUGCCUGGCUCUUGCAGAGCUGGGUCGGAGAGGACUGCUGCUUCCUUCACGUCUGUCAGAUGUGGUGCCGCUGAUUGUAAAGGCUCUGACGUAUGAUGAGAAAAGGGGAGCCUGCAGCCUGGGCUCGAACGUCCGUGAUGCAGCCUGUUAUGUGUGCUGGGCUUUCGCUCGUGCCUACGACCCAACUGAACUUGAGCCUUACGUCAACCAGAUAGCCAGUGCGCUGGUCAUCACAACUCUGUUUGACAGGAACAUCACCUGCAGAAAGGCCGCCUCUGCCGCUUUCCAGGAGAAUGUGGGCAGACAGGGCACUUUUCCCCACGGCAUAGACAUUGUCACAGCGGCGGACUACUUCACUGUUGGUAACCUGAAUAACUGCUACCUGACUAUCAGCGUCUACGUUGCUGGUUUUGAGGAAUACACCAAACCACUCAUUGAUCACUUGGUGACUAUGAAAGUCAAUCACUGGGAUGGGGUUAUAAGAGAGCUGGCCACUAAAGCAUUACACAAUCUAACUCUCAGGGCUCCUGACUACAUGGCCAACAGCGUUUUACCCCAGCUGUUGCCCAUGGCGACGGGAAUGGACCUACACACCCGUCACGGCGCUAUACUGGCCUGCGCUGAGAUUACUCAUGCUCUAUACAAGCUUGCCACCCAGGACAACAGGUCAGUGACUGACUUCCUGUCCUCUGACACCAUUGAAGGCCUUAAGGGCAUUCAUCAGAAGCUCUCUGACAGAAGACAGUACAGGGGAUUUGGUGGAGAGCUCAUGAGACCAGCUGUGUGUGCUCUCAUUGAAAAGCUGUCUCUCUCUAAAAUGCCUUUUAAAGAUGAUCCAGUUAUCACUGGUUGGCAGUGGUUGAUAGAUGACAGCCUAAAGAACCUUCAAAUGUUCUCCACUGGGGCCAGACAGGGUGUACAGGAUGCUGCAGUUUCAGCGUUGGCAGCGUUGUGUCGGCAGUAUUAUCAGAUUGAGAUCGGGGUGGCUGAUGUGAAAAUGCAAGAAGAGCUGGUUGGCCAAUAUCUGUCUGCUCUGGGGAGUCCUGUGGUUCUGACCCGCUGUGGAUGUGCUCUCGCUCUGGGCGCACUGCCUCCUUUUAUGAUCCACGGCAAACUGCAGCAGAUCCUUCAUGGGCUCCAGGCCGUUUGUCGAGUGGCACCGAAACAGGAGAGUCUCACAGAAGCCAGGAGGGAUGCCGCCACAGCCAUGUCUCAGGUGUGCGUAGCCGUAGGAGUGCGCGCGCGAGGCAGCCCGGACCGCGUGCUUUGCGAGGACAACGUAAGGGCCGUGUAUGAAGCCUUGCUGGGCUGCAUGAACGACUACAGCACGGACAGCCGAGGCGAUGUUGGGGUCUGGGUGAGAGCAGCUGCAAUGAGCAGUAUCAUGGACGUGACCCUGAUGGUCGUGGCAUCUGCGCCAGAGCUCCUCUCCUCUGACCUCGUUCAGCGCAUGAUGUGCUGCUUCGCCCAGCAGGCCGCUGAGAAAAUAGACCGUUACAGAGCGCACGCCGGCACCAUUUUCCUGCGGUUACUUCACAGCUUGGAGCCCGCAGUACCUUACAUUCCCCAUCGGGAGGAGCUACUGAGCAUCUUCCCUCCAGAGAUGGGAAACUCCCUCAACUGGAACGCAGCAUCACAGGCUUAUCCUCACAUCACUCAGCUGCUGGGGCUACAUCAGUACCAGUACCACACGCUGCUGGGCCUCACCGUAUCUGUGGGCGGUCUCACUGAAUCUACAGUGCGUUUCUCGUCUCAGUCUUUAUUUGAGUUUCUGAAGUCCAUUCAGCAGGAUGCAGCAGCUCUCCAGCAGUUUGGAGACACUGUGUUAGCAAUCUUCAGAGAUCACCUGCGCAACGACAGGGUGUCCGUCCCUUUACUGAAGAUGGUGGAUCAGCUCCUGGCUAACGGCUGCUUUGACCUCUUCAUCAGUGAGGAGAGUCAUCCAUUUUCUGUGGAGCUGCUGUCACUCUGUAAGGAGGAAAUCAAGAGGUCCAAAGAAGUCCAGAAGUUGUUGUCGUGUAUAGCCGUGUUCUGUGGAAUGGUCCAGUUUCAGGGUGACAUGAGGAAGAAGGUCUUAGUGCAGUUGUUGAUGUUGCUCUGUCACCCCUUUCCUGUGAUCAGGAAAGCGACAGCCAGCCAAGUAUAUGAGAUGCUCUUGACCUACGAUGAUGUCAUAGGCGAUGAGCAAGUGCUGGCUGAUGUCAUGGCUUCGCUCAGUGACACCAAUUGGGAAAGUGACAUCGCCACAGUGCGCGCCCACAGGAAUCAGCUGUGUGAUUGGCUGGGAGUGCCAAGGCCUACGCUGGUGGUCAAGCUUCUAACAAGAACUGUCUCUACUGUCUCUCAUUAAAUAGAAGGUGGUGCCCUGAAGCUCUUAACACCCGGUGGGAGGGAAAUGACACCCUGAACUCAUUACUACUUCGCUCAAUCUUAAUGAUGAUUAGCAGGAUUUCGUGAAGAGAGAACCUGUGGAGGGUCGGCAGAUAUUGGAUCUUAAAUCAUGUUAAAGAUGCAGCGUGUCCUUUUUUCAAAGUUUCCAUCUCAGCUUGAACUCUGAAAAGUGUAAAAACUUCAACUGUAUGUGGUGCUUACGGAUCAUUGUUUGUUUGUUUGUUUGUUUGUUUGAGUAACCUGAUACAGCAACACGUUUGGGGUGGGACUUUGUUUUGUUUAACCAAAAACAGGAAACCUGUUCGAGAAAAGUCAUUAAUUCCAUUUGUUGAUGCUAAUGCAAAAUAAACGAAACACUUCAUGUUAAAAGUAGCUGCUUUGUGUGAAGGGAUUGUUUGUAUGUGGCAAGGGUACACCGUAUGUUGGUGGGGACCAGUCCAAACAAAUAUAAAUGUCAUGUUAAAUGUAAAACUACAAUAGAAGCCAUUAUGUAGUGAUUAUGUCUAUAGAAAGUCAAUAUAAAAAUUGUGUUUGUGUGUGUGUGUGUACCCACGCUUUAAAACGUUGCUGUGGUUUUGCAGCAGCUUUGCCAGCAACUUACUGUAGAUUUAAUUUACAGUUUUGUUUUAAUAUAAACUUACCUAGUUCUUAUAUUUUCUUUCAUAAAAAAGACACUUUUUCACUUUUGUUGUUAUGUAAAUUUAGCGUAAUUUAAGAAGUUUCUUUACUUGAAAACAAAACAAAAUGCUCAGGAAGAAUGUCAUUUUUUGCAGUGUAGUGCCAGUAAUGAGAGCAGUCUUGCUUCUUUCUCAUUUCGAAUCUCAAAAGUCAAAGUGUUAUAAUUUUGAUUAAAGUAAAGCUUAACUCAAAUUAAAAACAGUACUAAUAGGAAAAUAUUUAGUAGUAAUCAAAUCUACAGUAAGUUAUUGGCAAACCUGCUGCAAAAUUACAGCAAAGUUGUACAGUGCAAUAAACUAUAUUUUGGGGUAAACCUCCCUUUGGGCACACCCUCCUUUGU